AUGGCUAGCAAUGAAAGUACAACUCCAGUUGAUAAUAAUCCAUCUGAAGGAUUGAAAAAGGUGGAAAAGUCUAAGGUUUUAUGGAUUGUGAGUCUUGUAUUGUGGGUCUUUACCUUUAUUCUCCUGUUAAUAGCACUAAUUGUUCUUGCCACCGAUACCAUUGACCGGGAAUAUUCUUUGGUAACAUAUGGAGUGCACAAGUUUGAUGAUCUUUAUGCUUACAGAUAUAUGCUUUCUGUGAUUGUCUUUGGAAUUGCAUAUAGUCUCCUUCGACUCGCAUUCUCAAUCUACCAUUAUAUAAUUAGCGAUUGUAAGGCUGGCAAAGUCAACCUUUUGUUCGACUUUUAUGGUGACAAGAUUAUAUCGUACUUGCUAGCCACCGGUGCUGCUGCGGGUUUCGGUGUGACCAAAGACAUGAACAGACUCUUUGAUAGUAAUUAUUAUUAUUCUUUUGAGCAAGUUGAUGAUUUCUGUGCAAAAGGGUACGCAUCAGCUAGUCUCGUCCUCAUAGCAUUUUUGUGCACUGCCACGUUAUCUGUGAGGUCUUCCUACGCACUCGCCAAUCUCGUGGGAACUGAAUAA